AUGACCAGCGAAUUGAGCGGCAACAAGCGUCCUACCACCACACCAACACUAUCACCACUAACACACCACCACCAACAAACCACCACCAACACCAUCAUUACCACCGCCAUUGUUUCAUCGUCACGGCAUAUCAAGGUGGACCAGCUAGAUCCGAGCCUUGUUCAGCACGUCAACACGAAUGUCUCGGCCGUCGUUGAGAGGUACCUGCUCGACGACCAGGGCAUAAGGCCUAAAACCACGCGUAAGGCAUACGGAAUACAACAGGCCGAGUGGAUGAUCGCCUCCCGCGCUCCAAAACGCGGCAAACGACGCAAGGCCGAGACGCAACGGCUGAAGGCAGAAAGGAAGCGGAAGCCGAAGAAGCAAAAGCGGGAGGGGAGCCCCAUGUCGUCGUCGACCACUAGGGUAGAAGCCGUCGAUGUGAUUGUUGUUGGGAGGAGACCAGCCAAAGAUCAGGAUCAAGAUGGAAAGUUGGAGUUGGAGUUGGAGUUGGAGUUGGAGUCGAAGUCGGAUCAGGAUGACUUCGGUCCGGAUUCGGCUAGCGGUACCUCCUCUAUGCUCAAGCAAA